CACGGGUUCAACGCACAACGUAUCUAUCUUCUUACCCGACUCAAUUUCUGGAUACAACAGAAGAUGCCAUGAACGACACAUAGAUAGAUGAUUCCUCUCUCUGGGUUAGUUUCACCGUUUAGGGGUCAAUGUUCUCUCAGAAAUUUCUCCUCUUUCCCCGAACUCGGUCGAUCUAUAAUUUUCGACCCGCCUUAUGACCCUAACCCUCCCGGAGGCCUGAGGGCGUGGAGACGUGAAGAGUUUGCUCGUCAGCAGAAGGAAAGUAAGGAAAAGAUCGAAAAACGAAAGGAUCCUUGGUCCGUCUUGGUCAAUACACCAAAAAGACAAUGUAUCCUUACUCGUCAGAUUUUACCAUGUGGUUUCAUGAUCAACCUUCGUCCAACCAUCCAUCCAAACCAUCAAACCAACCUUAACCCUCCUCUCAUCUUACUUCCCGAUCGUAUCCAACAUCCUAAAAUCUUACCACGUAAGAAAGGUAAAGGAGUUUGGGUGACUUGUCAUUAUGAAUCUCUUGGACGUUUACUCAUACCCGGACCUCAUCUUGGUAUUUUACAAUCUUUUCAUUCUUUAUCUAUACCCACUUCUUUACCUCGAAUAGUAUCGCAUCAGCUUCAAUUACGUAUCCAACAAGAAUUUUCAAUAUUGAUACGACGUUUGAGAGCUAGACCAAAAGAUGAAAGAGGGUUAAUUCACCGUCUUGACGUUUCAUCCUCCUUCAUAUCGGACUCCUCAUCUCCUUUACCUGAAUUUCACUCAGGUGAAAGUUCGUCAAUAUUUGAGAGUACUGGUGAUUCUAUGACUCAAAGUUCCGAUGAUCCCGUCGAAGAUCGUCUGGGGAAUAAGAUUGAUAACUUUCUCGAAGAAGUAAACAUACCUAGAGACACCAUAGCAUUAUUCAUAUUUCAUCCCCAAACAUCUUCAAACAUCCACACAAAUCAGAGAAAUGAAGAUCCAAGCAUUCCAGUCGACGACGCCCGAUGGGGAGAUACUUUUAUUCGUUCGGAUGGAACUCAAAUACCUAUCUAUCACCUCGAUCUCUUUCCCCUCGAAAAUAAUCCUCUCCAGGAGUUACACACCUUGAGUCUGUUCAGCCAAUCAGGAAGUACAGAAGUGGGAGAAAAGGCGACGAGUCAAGUUUGGGCGCUUGACACUUCAGCUCCGUGGGGUCAUCUGGGAGUUCCGUUGGUUAUGGCUUUAUGGAGAUUAAGGAUGUAUCAUGGAUAUGAGUGGGAACAAGUUUCAUGAGCUUUGAGAUCAAGAGUAGAGUCUCAACAUGACAUAUGUCUGUGUUGAGGGGACAUGAGGAUGGUGAGCUUAGGACAAAGAGGGUCAUUGUUUCAGCGACAUGAGAGGAACGCAGAGAGGAAUUAUAUGGGUCUUUGUUGAAGUGACGAAAGGAGGGAGAGAAGAACGGGGAGAUUGAGGGAACAAUAGAGUAUCAUAUAUAACAUCUAAACAGAAAUCAUGAUGCAUCGAUCGACAC